UUCUUUACCUUACUUGGUACAACAAUACAACAGACAGAAUAACAACCAAAGAAAUGACCGUCCUCGGUGAUAUCACUACGUUAGAAUUACACCUCGCCCACCUUCCGAAAGUGUAGUGUCACAUUUGUUUUUAGUACUAAAAUAUAAAUAUGACUGUCGAUAGCCAAUACAAUAAACAACGGCACGUCGGUUUUUACUUUCAGCAGUUAUACGAUCCUAAAACGAAAACAUUUGCUGGACGUAACGCUGAAGGUUGGGCCAAAAUCAUCAUUUUCUACCUUGUAUUCUAUGGAAUGCUAGCAGCCUUAGUGGCAAUAUGCAUGUGGGUGUUUUACCAAACGUUAGACCCUCGAAUUCCGAAAUGGCAAUUGGAUCGUUCAAUCAUCGGUACGAAUCCCGGUUUAGGUUUUCGUCCAAUGCCCACACAAGACAAUAUUGAAAGUACGCUCAUAUGGUUUCAGGCGUCUAAUAAAACAAAUUAUUUGAAAUGGGUUAAAAAUCUCAAUGAGUUUUUAGACAAGUAUUACACACCGGGCAAGCUUGAAAAAGGUACAGCGUCGACUACUGGUUGUAGUUACGAACAAUUUCCGAAACCAGGUGAAGUUUGCGAUGUAGAUGUUAAAGUAUGGUCCAAAUGUGGACGAGAAAAAUUUUUUGAUUAUCAUCGCAAUUCGCCUUGCAUCUUUUUGAAGUUAAACAAAAUUUAUGGAUGGUUACCCGACUAUUAUAAGGAUGUAAGAGAGCUACCAAAUGAUAUGCCUUUGCAACUCAAAUUACACAUUGGCAACACAUCACAAAUUAUGAGAAACACCGUAUGGAUUAGUUGCGAGGGUGAGAAUCCAGCCGAUGUCGAAUAUUUAGGUCCCAUAGCCUAUCAUCCGGAAAUACAAGGGUUCCCAGGGUACUAUUUCCCAUAUAAAAAUGGUGAAGGUUACUUAAGUCCGCUUGUCGCAGUGCAAUUUCUUAGGCCCACUAGUGGGAUCGUAAUUAACAUCGAAUGCAAAGCCUGGGCUAAAAAUAUAAAACAUAAUCGUCAAGAUCGAUUAGGUUCGGUACAUUUCGAACUAUUAAUUGAUUAGUUUUAACAUUGACUUAUUAAUGUAGGGUUUAAAAAUAUCUAAAGACUUGUGCCUUUUUUUAAGAAAAGAGAUACGCACAGAAAGAUCAUAUUGUUCAAUAAUUUAUAAAAGCCAAAUGGUAAUUUUUGGAAUAAGAUUGUUACGUAAUAAAGUACAAUUUUGUUAUGU